GCUACUGAAGCUUUCAAAGACUAUUUUAUUCCCAUAGGUGCAAAAGUGCGGGGCAUACCCCCUAAGGCUAGUGAGGACUCAGCACUUACUCCUUUACCUAAAGUCGUCGUGGUACCGGAACUUACCGAUGGGUUAUUCGGGAUUAAAUUGUGUUAUUAUCGACAUGGUCAGUCCAUGUAGAAUAAACAAAGGGAGACUUGGCUAAGGCGUUGACUACCUACGUUACCUUAGAUGGAAAUGAAGUCUGUAAACUAACCUAUUGAAAAGAUUUCCGCAUCGGUCAGCGGCCGGACCGGGCUCGGUUACUGGAAAAUCCCACGGGAUCCUAAGCAGUGACUGGGGAUUCGUCAAUGUACGAUUUGUUUGCCUUAGUGGAAAGUUUUGGCAACAAUUACUGCGCCGUAAUUCAGAGGCCCUCGUGGAUUAUGCUCCUUACCUACUACACGUAGUUAGGUAAGUGCAAGGAAGUGCGAUGUUACAAUAUAUUACAAUAUGAGGUUCUAGAAGGCUGUCACAAACGGAACCGCAAUGGCAGAUAUUCAGCUGAAAUAUAAAUACGAGAGAGGGAAGGCAACAAUUAAAGUAGCUACGACUUCACUCCUAACAUAUCCUACAGCUCGUCUCUUCAAGUCCAAAAAGUCGUAUUAAAUCAUUCAAGACACUAUGCACAAGAAUAUCCUUCUUUUCUCUGCCUUCGCCCUCCAGGCUUCGGCCUUGAAUGAGACUAUCUCAGGCUACAAAUACUUCUUAUCCGGUCCCAAAUUAGCCCAGACGAAGACUGAGUACGAGCAUGCCGCCGCAGAAAAGGCCCUAUCUUUAGUUGAGGCGCGUCUAGAUGGGUCCCUCCCUGCUCUCCCCGAGGACAGCGUUGCCGCCAUUCUGAAGCUCAAACAAGAUAUCGGUACCGAUGGACUGAAGGUGCUGCUAGCGCCCGAUCAGGACGAUGCCGACAAGUUCUGGCAUGGCGUGAUCAACAGGUCAGGCGACGGAUGGGUACCUGCCGAUGCGCGGGGCGUCGUUUUUCUACCCAACGUUUCGUUUGCGCAGUUCGCGGCUUGGUACGCGUCGCCGAACGCAGAUGCUGCCAACUUGGCCGCCAACCCCGAGCAUUAUGCAAAGGACACCGUGACGAUCCCUACCGGUCUGUCAUCCGCGAUUCUAGAGGGCUGGGGAGGCGUGACCACCAACUUCACCAUUCCCAACUUCAACGCGCCAGACCGAGCCAAAGACCCAUUCUUACGGGAAUUGCCUGACUUCCCCGUCCAACAAGCCGGCGACAAGGUCCUGCGUGACGGAACCAGGUUCGGUGCUCUACACAUCUCGCUCCGUCCCGUGAAGGGCGCGGACUAUGGUCAACCGAUUGACGGCUUCGAGGUGUACUCGACUGUGUGGUACCAGGACGGUGCUGAGGAUGACCACUUAGAGCAGGAGCGCCGCCAUAUGGUCAUUGAGAUUGUCAAUUUGACCCUCCAGGCCCAGAAAGAUAUCGAGAGCGGCAAGUUCUCUGCUUAGUUGAAGCGAGAAGCUUUUGAGCGAUGUAUAUAUAUCUCUUACCAGUUCAAGGAACGGACGUUUAUACCAAGAUGGGACUUCUUAGGUUCAAAAUCGAAGGGCAGGCCUAAGGUAAGGGCCUAAAAAGAUCUGUCCAACUUAGUUAGUAUUAAUAAUAAAUAAAGCCUAAAAUAACUAUUCAAA